AUGGGCCGUCCCGCUUCCCUCUUUUCUCUGCUGAAGAGGCGCACAUUUGCUGCUGACCAGCGGAGGCCCCUAACUCGGUUUUGCUGCAGCAGCAGCACCAGCAGCAGCAGCAUCGAAAGCAGCAGAAACUGCUGCAGCACAUGUUAUGCAGCAGCUGGGAGCCUUCGGAGACUCGCGUGGGGCUCGCAAGGAACAGGAAGGAGGGCGGGCAGCAGCAGUCUGGCAUCGAGUGCUGUCUGUACAGUUGCGCAGCGAAAUCCACCUGCAGCGGCAGCAGCAGCAGCAGCAGCCGCAGCCGCAGCAGCAGCAGCAGCAGAUGCAGCUGCCAAAGCUACAACUGCUGGAGAGCCCGCAGAUGCAGCGAGAAUUCCCCUCGUCAAUGUGCGCUUGGAGCUCACUAGAGCGCAGCAGCAGCUGCAGCGGCAGCAGCAGCAGCAACAGCGGCAGCAGAAGACUGCGCGGCCUGAUUCUCUGUCAGUGGCAAGCCCUACAGCUGCUGCCGCAAUUGCUGCAGCCCUUUCUGCUGCACGGGGCUUGCUGCAGCAUCUGAAAGGACGGCAGCAGCAUGCAUUGACUAGGAGUCUUCAGCAGCAGCAGCAGCAGCAGCAGCAGCAGGCAGCGCUCCGCUGCACCACAAGCAGCAGCAGCAGCAAGGGCAUGAGCAGCAGCAGCAAAUUAAGAAGUGAAAAUGACAGCCUCACAGACAAUUCAAACGAGCAGCAGCAGCUUCUAAAGUGCUUCAGUUUGCUGGCAGCGAUCGUGAGAGAAGCGUCCCCCCACGCAGCACCUGCUGCUGCUGCUGCUGCUGCUGCUGCCCAAGAAGCUGCUGCAGUGCAUGUUGAGUCCACGCGCGUCGGCGUGCUGCUGCUGCAGUGUUUGCUGCGCUGUGUAGAAGCCAAAAAGCUGGGGGUGGUUUCUUUGCUGCCGCACAUUCAAGCAGCAGCAGACUCUCUGGCAGCAGCUGCUGCAGUGCAGACUCGUCUUAACAAGCAGCAGCAGGAGUUGCUGCAAAAGCAGCAGCAGCAGCAGCAGCUAACCGUUUGGAUAUGGCAGCAGCAGAUCGAGCUAGCUGUUCUCUUAAAGAGAGCAGUGCGGCUGCUUGCUGCUCUUCUUCCAUCCGUUGCUGAAUCCUGGCAGCAGCAACAGCAGCAGCAGCAGCAACAACAACAAAAACGACAAAAGCGGCAGAAGCAGCAGCAACAGCAACAACAGGAGCAGCAGCAACAAAAACAAGAACAGGUGCGCUGCCGAUCACGGCGGCAGAUUUCUCUGCAUCCACAGCUGCAACUGACGCAGCAGCAGCAGCAGCAACAGCUGCAACGGCAGCAGCAGCAGGGACAACAGCUGCCAUGCGGCGGCGGUGCGGGAGCUCACCUGGAGGCCGCUCCUGCGGCUGCACACGCUGCUGCACCUGCUGCUGUUCCUGCUGCUGCUGCUGCUGCAGCUCCUUGUGCCGCUAGAGCUGGGGCCGCAGGACAUGAAGCAGCACUUGCGUCUAUAAAAUGCUUCCUAGUUAAUGCAGCGCGCUUGGUGGAGCAGCGGUGGCAGCAGCAGCAGCAACAGCAGCAGCAGCCGCAACAGCAGCAGCAGCAGCUGCAGCAGCAAACUAGACUUCAGGGGCUCCCUAGUUCGGCCCAGCUGCCUGCAGCCGGAGUGCAGCCUCUUGCUGCGCCGGCAAGUCUUGCUGCACCUCAAUAUGCAGCUAGCAGCCAGCUGGAAGCAGCUGCAGCAGCAAGGGAAGCCGCAUCGCCGGCAGCAGCAGCAACAGCUGCUGCAGCACCUGCUGCUGCCGCGGACGCAGAGCUCAAACACCUCCCCGCGCUGCUGCUGUGGCUGCUGCCGUCUGUCUUCACCAUAAUGCAGCAAAGAAAAAUGAGCCAUAUAGAUGACCUGUGGCGUGCUGCUUCGCUGCUGGCCAAGCAGCAGCAGCAGCAACAGCAGCAGCAACAGCAGCAGUGGUGCCUCCAGCAGCUUGAUCUGCCCGAAUUAAGUUUGCUGCUUAUUGCGACGGCGCGGCUUUCUGCUCUGCAGCCGCAGCGGCAUAAGAGCCGCGUAGAAGCCGAGCAUUCAUCUGCUGCUGCUGCUGCUGCUGCUGGUUGUAGGCUGCCGCUGCUGCAGCUGGCUGGCUGGUGUUCCUUGAGAGCAGCAGAGCUGCUCUCAGCUGGGCGGUACAUAGAAGACGCACGCUGUGCUGUUGCGCCUACGCUGCAUCCGAGGCAGCAGCAGCAGCAGCAGCAGCAGCCGCAGCAGAGCCAGCAGCGGGAUAAUAAGGGACAGGAGCAGCAGCUGCUGCUGCUGCGCGCGCCGCGUCCCUGGUUCCGCCCAAGUUGCAUUUUGCUGCUUGGCCUUACUCGCUGGCUGCAGCAACAGCAGCUGCUGCUUCCAGGCUGCUUGCUCAGCAGCAAAGUGCAGGAUGCGCUGUGGGGUAAGGAGCUUGAUGCGAGCAGUUGCAGCGGCACCAACAGCAACAGCAGCAGCAGCAGCAGCAACGGAGAAAGUAAAUUUAAGCACGACAGCGCGAACACGGCAGAACUUGCUGCAGCUGCAGCAGUAUUUCUCACAGCACUAGAAAGGCGCCUUCUUGGCUCAGAUUGGCUCCAGCAGCAGCAGCAGCAGCAGCAACAGCAGCAGCGCCUGCCGAAAAGUGCGCGGUGUUUCAGCCAAGGGCUUUCUUCAAGUCUGCUGAUGACACGAAGAGAAGCAGCAGCAGCAGCAACAGCAACAGCAGCAGCAAAAGUGGCUUCGAGCUAUUUAUACGACUCGGCCCACCAUAAUUUGCCAGCGACAGCAGCAGACUCAGCAGCAGCGAAACCAGCAGCAGCAGUUCCAGCAGCAGCAAAUCCAGCAGCAGUAGACUCAGCACUAGCAGAAUCUGCAGCAGCCCAGCCACCCGCAGCAGAGCCAGCAGCAAGAGGUGCAGCAGCAGCAGAGCCAGCAGCAGCAAGUUUAGGAGCAGCAGAACCAGCAGCGGCACAGCCAGCAGCAGCAGCAGCAAGAGAAAAGGUGCACAUUUCUGGCCGCGAUUUCGCGCUGCUGCUGCGCUGUUUAGUCUCUGUGCGAUUUAUUUCAAACAGUUUGCUUCAUAAAGCUUUGUGCUUCUUAGCAGCAAACCCCCCGGUGAUACAACAGCAGCAGCACCAGCAGCAGCAGCAGCAGCAGCAGCGCGAGAGAGCGGCUCCAGCGGCUAUUGCUGCAACGGGGGAAGCAGGAGCUCCGCUGCUGCUUUCGCCUCAAGAUGCUGCGCUGCUGCUAUGGGCCAUCGGCACUGCUGGAGCUGCUGCCCUGACUCCGCAGCAGCAGCAGCACCUGAAUGGCAGAGGCAGCUUCCUGUUCAACGUCUUGCGGGCUUCAGCCAGCCCGAAGUUUGCUGUUGCUGCUGCUGCAGCUCCCGUGGCAGCAGCAGCAGCAGCAGCUGCUGCUGCUGCUGCCCCGCAGCAGGAAACGCUAUCUGCAGAAGCAAAACACCAACUGCGGAUGCACCUGCGGCGUCUGGCGUCGCAGCUGCUGCUGAGUCGCAGUCUGGCGGGCCCUGGGUCGGCAGCAGCAGCAGCUGAAGUGUCAGAAACCAGCAGCAGCAGCAGCAGCAGCAGCAGCAGUGCAGACAGCCAAGCUGUGGCGAACGCGGUGUGGGGCCUCACCUGCUGCGGCUUGCUGCAGCACCGUCUGCUAAGGGCUUUCUCUGUUUCGUCCCCCCUUCGCUGCGGCUUCAUGAGCAGCAGCAGCAGCACAGAAAGAAGGCAGCUGCUGCAGGCAGCGCUGCUGCUGCGGCUGCAGCGUGCAAGGGCUCCCGCAGCAGCACCUUUUGCCGGCGCUGCAGGACCUGCUGCCUUAGGACAGAUGCAGCGGGGUCCGCGCGCUGCUGUCAACAGAGCAACAGCUCUUCGCCGUUUUCCUGUAGCAGCAGCUGCUGCUGCAACGAAGCUGCUGCAGCAGGCCAGUAGAAAACAAACAGCUUUAGAAGGAAAGACCAUUCCUUGCAGCAGCUGCAACACAAAAGGAACAGACAGCGCCGUGAGGUCUUCUUUGCUGCAGCAGCAAGUACUGCGGGAGCUGCAGCAGAUGCUGCAACGUGUUGCUGCAGUGCUGCCGGCAGCAACCGGAAAAGCAACGGCGGCAGCAGCAAACGCAGCAGCUGCAGCAGCGCAGUUUCCCUCUGUAGUUCAGGUUGUACACGAGUGUGCUGUGGGGCAUGGCCUGCAAGUAGACAUUGCACUCCUGGCGCCACAGCAGAAGAAGCAGCAGCAAAUGUUACAGCAGCAGGCACGGCAGCAGCAAUCUUCAGAGCAACGUUUACAGCAGCAGCAGCAGCAGCAGCAGCAAACGGGCACUUCUGGAGGCCGACGCCACAGGAACUGUCGACAGCUUCGCAUUGCCAUUGAAGUCGACGGCCCCUCUCACUUUUUGCUGAGUGUGCAAGCGCCUGAGGCGUCCCGCGUGGACACCAGCAGGUGCUGCAGUUCUAGUAGCAGCAGCAGCAGCAACAGCAGCAGCAGCGGUGCUGCAGUGGUCAAGCUUAGGUCUGACGGAGGCACAGCUCUAAAGCGCCGCCUGCUGCAGCUCUUAGGCUACAAGGUCGUGCAGAUAUGUUUCUUAGAGUGGCAGCAGUUGCAGGGUAGAAGAAAGGAGCAGCAGCAGCUGCUCCUGCAGCAGCCAGUGUUGCAGCAGCUGCUGCAACAGCUGCAGCAGCAGCGUUCGUCAGGGCUUGAAACCAGCUCAUAA